CCGGCUCGGCCGGAGGCAGCUGGAACCGGUUGGUGGCCGUGCCGCCCCCUCCCCUCCCCUCCGCUGUCAGAGGGCCCUGGGCAGCGGCCACGGACCCCGGGGGCGAGAGGAGGGGCAGGGAGCCCGGGCAGCGCCGCCCGCAGCCCUGCACAAAGGGGCUGGGAGCCGGGAGAGGCGCUUGGCCAGGAGAUUUUAACUACCCUAAGACAAAAGCUCUGCAAGUAUGACCUCUUCUCAAGUCACUUUCGAAGUAAGAGCACCAUCAGCACCAGUUUUUCUAGGAGAGGUUUUUGCAAUAUGUGGGAGCUGCAGUGUUCUGGGAAAUUGGAAUCCUCAACUUGCAGUGGUCCUCCAAACUGAUGAUCGUCAAUUAUGGAAAACUACUGUAGAGCUUCCUAGAGGAGAACCUGUGCAGUAUCGGUAUUUUAAAGGAUACUUCCUAGAACCUAAGACUAUCGAUGGUCCCUGCGAAGUCAUAGUUCACACGUGGGAGACUCAUCUACAACCACGAUCAAUUACCCCUUUAGAAAAUGAAAUCACUAUUGACGAUGGACGCUUUGGAGUCCGUAAUGGUAUUGAAACUGUGGAUUCUGGGUGGCUGACAUGUCAAACAGAAAUUAGAUUGCGUCUGCAUUAUUCUGAGAAACCACCUGUAGUGAUAUCUAAGAAGCAGUUUAAAACAUCAAGGUUUAGAGUAAAACUGACUCUAGAAGGCCUAGAGGAAGAUGAGGAUGACGAGGAGGGUCAAGAGAAAACAUCCCCUACUGUCCCUCAGAAAAUGGCAAACACUGUGGAGUUCUCCUUAAUAAGUAACAAUGAAUAUAAAUGUCGACACUCUCAGCCAGACUGUGGUUAUGCUUUGCAGCCAGACCGGUGGAUAGAAUACACAAUACAGACCAUGGAGCCUGAUAACUUGGAAUUAAUCUUUGAUUUUUUUGAGGAAGAUUUAAGUGAGAAGGUAGUACAAGGCGAUGCGCUCCCAGGUCAUGUAGGUUCUGCCUGCCUCCUGUCAUCCACAAUUGCAGAACUUGGAAAAAGUGCUGGGAUUCUUACACUUGCUAUUAUGAGCAGAAAUCCAAGGAGGACAAUUGGAAAAGUUAGAGUGGACUACAUAAUUAUUAAGCCAAUCCAGGGAUAUACUUGUGAUAUGAAGGCUUCGUAUGCAAAAUAUUGGAAACCAAGAACAACUCUAGAUGUUGGACACAGGGGAGCGGGAAAUUCUACAACAACAGCCAAGCUUGCUAAAGUUCAAGAGAACACUAUUGCCUCCCUGAGAAAUGCUGCUAGUCAUGGAGCAGCUUAUGUGGAAUUUGAUGUACAUCUUUCUAAAGAUCAUGUGCCUAUUGUAUACCAUGAUCUCACAUGUUGCAUGGCCAUGAAAAAGAAACUGGAUACGGAACCUUUGGAACUGUUUGAGAUUGCAGUCAAAGAACUCACAUUUGAUCAGCUGCAGUUAUUGAAGCUGGCUCAUGUGACUGCCCUGAAAGUAAAAGAUCACAAUGCAUCUUUUAAAGAAGAAGAAAACUCUGAGACCCAACCAUUUCCUUCUCUGCAGAGAGUCCUGGAGUCUGUUUCAGAAGAUGUUGGGUUCAACAUAGAGAUAAAAUGGAUCUGUCAACAAAGGGACGGACAGUGGGAUGGCAACUUGUCAACUUACUUUGAUAUGAACCUCUUUCUAGAUAUUAUUCUAAAAACUGUUUUGAUCAAUGCUGGAAGAAGAAGAAUUGUAUUUUCUUCUUUUAAUGCGGAUAUUUGUACGAUGGUUCGACAUAAGCAAAACAAGUAUCCUGUGUUAUUUCUCACCCAAGGAGAAUCUAAACUCUAUCCAGAACUUAUGGAUCUUAGAUCUCGUACAACUCCAAUUGCCAUUACUUUUGCACAGUUUGAAAACUUGCUGGGAAUUAAUGUGCAUUCUGAAGAUCUGCUGAGGAAUCCAUCGUUUAUUAAAAGGGCCAAAUCGAAAGGCCUAGUUGUUUUUUCAUGGGGUGAUGAUGCAAAUGAUGCUGAUAACAGGAAGAAGCUGAGAGAAUAUGGUGUUCAUGGGCUAAUAUAUGACAGAAUUGAGCAAAACAUUGUAGCCAAUUGUGAAGAUGGCAGAAGAACUGUGUCCUGAAUACCAAAAGUUGCUGAUAUCGAGUGUUGGGCAAAACAAAAUGCAGGAUAUAUGACUCGAAUCCUGAACAACCAAAUAUAUUCCAGGUGGAGCAGCUAGAACAUCUCAAGAAAGAAUUACCAGAGUUGAAAAGCUGUGUGUGUCCCACAGUUAGCCAUUUUAAAUCCAUAGCUCCAUGUAAAUGUCAUUAUACUUCCUCAGAAGAGAACACUGUAGAUAACUUGAAGAGUGUUCAAAUGCAAAAGGACUGACUCUAGGCAGAAUGCUGGUUUGUAUCUAUUUACCGUCACCAUUGGAAUAGUUCUGUCUAUGCUUUCAGCUUUGUUUGUUUUGAUUUUAAAUCCCCAAAUAGCAAUAACUGUGUUCCUCCUUCCUGACAGUACUUGUUAAAAUUUCAAACAACGUUAAAAUACUCAGCCAGUUAUAGAUAUUGUUCCAGUUUACAUACAUGGUUUUAACUUUUUUCUAUAAUCAAUUCUCAAAUAUUGAAAAACAAAACUAAGUAUUAACACUAGGUUUUUAAAAAUAAUAAAAAAAAAAUUAGUGCGAGGAGUGAAAGCUCAGAAGAUCAGUUGUUGGGAAAUUACAAUGAUCUGGUAUUGACGAUGCUGAAAAAUUGUUUUGACUUUGAUUUUAUUUCAAUGCUACAGCUUGUCAGCCUGUAUCUGACAACAGGAGAUUGAGAGUGCUUGUAAGAUACAUAUAAUUACAUCUGGUCUGAAUACAUUGGUACCUCAUGUAUGUAUUUGCACUGAUAGAUCCAGCUGUACAAAGCUUCGUGCCAUUUAAAAAUAUCUAUAUAUUUUAAAGUAAACUGCAAUGCAUAUUAACUGAUUUUUUUCCCCACUUCAUUGGACACUUAGGCAGCUGCCAUUAUUUUCUGACUUGCCAAUCCAUUGGUACAGUGUCUCUGUAUUGCAGUCAAGGGUGAACCACAUGUAUGUUGUUUUUUUUUCUUUCAUUAGUCUCGCACAACCUGCUAAACUUGGAAAUGUUGCUGAAAUUUUAACAGAAUUACAGAAACAUCUUCAGUGGUUGAGAGUUUUUUGCACAAUAACCUUAAUAAACAGAAUGUGUAUCUUGCACAAACUCUACAAAAUGCAUGCUUUAGUUAUUAAGCAUGAAGUUUAGGUGUUUGUUGAGGUCCUUGCAUCUUUAUGGUGCUAGUUAUGUGUGAAGGGUGCAAGGACUAAGUCAACUACUCAGUCUUCUUUGCCUAAAACCACAAGCCUAUUAUUCACAAACAUUUGAAGACAAGGCUAUACUCUAAGUGGUUUGUAUUAUUUGCAUAAUACAAGCUACUAGCUUUUGUAUUUUGCAAGAUAAUUAUUUUUUUUUCCUUGGAGCAAGAGUCACAAAUGUACUGAACUCAGAUAAUCGGUAUUCUGUUGGCUGGUAUCUAUCCUCUGUAAUUUAUUAUAAAGUCAUAGUCUAGAGUUCUUUAAAGAUAUGUAUGCAUGUCCUUUUUCUUCCUGAAGCUGCAGGUCCUGCCAACACAACAGCUGUAACUUGCUACUGAAGUGUUAAUGUAUAAUAAGAAUGGAAAAUAUUUUUUUCUUUUGUAAAUUGACAAUGAAAACAACAGUGUGUACUAUAUUCUUUAUAUACAGUCAUUGCUACAUACAACUGAUUAUAUAGAGAGUAAAGCCAUUGCAAAUAAGUGCUUGAGCUUGCACUGCUGAGCAGUUUGAAACUUGCCUUGUGCAUUUUAGUAUCUAGAAUUCGUUUGUCCUGCACAAACAGCACAGUAAUGAUUAGGUAUCUCGGAGCUGUCUUUUAUUUAAAAAGAAAAAAAAAAAUAAACCAAAAUUUGGAA